GAAAACCAGAACUAAUUUUACAUUGAUAAUGGGGAAGAUUCCGAAUACCAACAUCCUUGUAGACAAGUUUCGGGUUGGAAGAUACAGAAAGCAUACUUUUGUAUACUUUUUGAGCCAUUUCCACUCUGAUCAUUACUGUGAGCUUUCUGAGCAUUGGAACUUUGGAAUCAUUUACAUGACCCAUGAGACUAGACAACUUUGUGUGAACAAGUUUCCGAAUUUGGCAGAUUGCACUGUAGCGCUUGAAUUAGAUGUACCUUGUAUGAUAUUUUUGGAUAAAGACAACACAGAAGCAAUUCAAGUAACACUUAUUGAUGCUAAUCACUGUCCUGGAUCCUGAAUGAUGCUUUUCGAAGGAAAGAUGGGUACCAUUUUACAUACAGGUGAUUUCAGAUUUUCACCAAAAUUCUUUGAGAACGAGAAACUUUUCCCACCAAUGAAUUACAAUGAAGAGGAGAAAGGAAUUGCAUGAGAUAUUGAUCAUCUAAUUUGUGAUGGGACUUUUAGUGAAGAUGAUAAAAUAUUUGAAUCUCAAGAAGUAGCUUACAAUCACAUCCUAGGCAUAGUAAAGAAGCAUCAAGAUUACAGAAUUUAUCUCUUUGCUUAUCAACUUGGAAAAGAGGAAAUUUUCAUAUCUUUGGCCAAGCACUUUAAAACAAAAAUAGUUUUGACUCCAGAAAGAUACAAAACAAUUGAACUAAUUGGGAUGGAUACUCAAUACUUCACAACAGAUGAGACUGAAGGAUGGAUCUUUGUUAGGCAUUUCAUUCAGCGUAGAAAAAUGGAUAUAGAAGAGUACAGCAUCAUGGGUCCAACCAUUUUUAUAGUUUUAACAGGUAAAGCAGAAUUUGUAGGAGCCACUAAAAAGUAUAUCUAUAAUGGAAAAUAUUCCUCACAUUGUGACUCAAAAGAGAUGGAAAGAUUUAUUAAAGCUAUUUGCCCCAGAACAUUGGAAUUUCAUUCGCAUCCUGAUACUGAUAAAUCCAGAAAGUUUAGAGGAUAUCUUCAGAGGACAUAUUGCCGAGGCAAUCCUUCCAGCUGAAAGCAAUUAGAGUCUAAGUUAGUAGAUUUACAUGCUAAAGUUAUUGAGAAAGAAUUUGGAGAUAUCUCAACAGAUUUCACAAAGAUUGCUAGACCUCCAGCUAUGAGGAAAAGAAAAAGACAUAGAGCAAGUGGAGCUAAGUUAAUCCAUAAAAAGCCUAUAAUGACUCUUACUGAUGAUGAAGAAGAUGAAAAUACAGCUGAUUCUAAUAAGAAUAUUCCAAAAGUUGAAAUUCAAAAAGAUGAUUCUGAAGAAGAUAUUGAUGAUUUGUUUAAUUCGGAUGAAGACAACCUUUUCAAAAAGCCAACUGAGGAUGUUAGUAAGCCAAAUAAAAGGCAAAAACUUUGCUAAAAAUCAUAAUUAGCGCUCUACAAUUCUUAACUUUACCGUAUCUGAGAUAUUAUAUAAAUAUUAAUUCAAUUUCUGUU